GCCGCAUCCUCUGUUUUCAGGCUCUCUGAUUUCUCUAUUGCUGUGUCUCUUUUAACAUUUUAUCAUGGCGAAAUCUUUCUCUUGCUUCGUUCUCUUAGCUCUCAUAGCCAGCUGCGCUCUCGGCCAAGCUCCCAGCUCUGCGCCAACGAAGUCACCGCCGUCUUCCUCUCCUACUCCCCCACUCCCACUCCCGCACCCAAAACCUCUCCGACCAACGCUCCCACCCCUUCCCCAACUGCUUCUCCGCCGUCUGCCACCACUCCUCAAUCGUCAUCAGCCCCUGAAUCUUCUCCUACUUCCUCUCCUACCAAUUCUCCUCCGGCUCCUCCUAUGGCUCCUGCUAGUGCUGCAGGCGCUCCUAGUCCCACACCCUCCAUCAGCCAACCACCAGUUUCGUCUCCAACUUCUCCUCCAAACGCUGCCUCUUUGAAUAGAGUCACCGUAGCUGGAUCCGCCGUUACAGUCAUUUUGGCAGCCGCUGCUUGUUUGAUGUAGAUCUGUCUUUGGGAAGAACUUCGGAUUGAUGAUUUCAUUUUUAGGCAAUUAUUAAAUUCUUAUUUUCAGUAGGAAUUUUAGUAGUGCAUUUCCUUUAAUUUUUGUUAAUUUUUAUUUAUAUUUUGACGGUGGUGAUGAUUUUAUUUCCCGAUUGCCUGUUGCUAUUUUGACGGUUGCUCACUGUUAUUAUUAUUUAUUAUUAUCAAUAUCUAUAUUUAUGUUUA